AUGAGCCAGUUCACCAACCCCGUCAUCUGUGGGUUCAACCCCGACCCAACCGUCUGCGUCGUCCCGGCCACGGAGACGACACCAACACAAUACUUCCUCUCCACAUCGACCUUCGAGUACUUCCCCGGCGCGGCCAUCUACCACUCCACCGACCUGAUCAACUGGAAGCUCAUCGGCCACGCCCUCAAUCGCCGCAGCCAGAUCGACAUGCGCACCGUCGAACCCGGCGCCGGCUCAUGGGCAAGCACCCUCCGCUACCGCCCCCGCGCGAAACGCUGGUACCUCACUAACGGCGUGUACCACCGCUACCGGCCCAGCGCCGACGAGCGCAUCUUCCCGCGCGGCUUCUACGUCUGGACCGACGACAUCUUCAACGACGCGGCCUGGUCCGAACCCAUCUACUUCGACAACCCGGGCUUCGACCAGGACCUCUUCUGGGACGACACCACCACCCCCAGCAAAGUCUACCUCUCCACCACCGUCCGCCUCGCGCACCGCACCCCCGGUCCCACGCUCCUCAAAGACUUUGCCAUCCACAUCUCCGAGAUCGACCUGCCCUCGGGCCGCACCCUCACCCCCCCGCGCGUCAUCCGCGCCUCGCCGUUCGGCGUCGCCGAGGGCUCGCACAUCCUGCGCCGCGGCCGGUAUUAUUACUUGUUCACGGCCGAGGGCGGCACCGAGGCGGGCCACCAGGAGUGGUGCUUCCGCAGCACGGCGGGGCCGUAUGGCCCGUGGGAGGGCCAGGGGAAGGCGCUGUGGUAUAAUGGGCCCGAUGAGGAGGUGCAGCGGACGGGGCAUUGUGAUGUGUUUGAGGACGGGGAGGGGAGGUGGUGGGGGGUGAUGUUGGGGGUGAGGCCGGUGAGGGUGGGUGAGGGGAGGUGGGCGGAGCCGCAGUUGGGGAGGGAGACGUUUUUGGUUAAGGUGGAUUGGGUGGAUGAUUGGCCGGUGUUUAAUGGGGGUGAGAAUGUCGCGUUGAGGACGGUCGGGAGGGAUGCGGUUGUGCAGAAGGAGGCAGCUGGGGAGGACGGUGUCCGUUGGAGGGCGGAUCUAUCGCGGACGGACUUGGAGUUGGGGUGGUAUUAUAAGAACACGCCGAUCAAGAAAUGCUACUCCUUGACAGAACGGCCCGGCCAUCUCAGACUUUAUGGUAACUGCUACGAGCUGACGAGCCCUGAGUCUCCGGCGCUGUUGUUGCGGAAGCAGGCGGGGUACAACGAGACGUUCCAGGCCAAAAUGCAGUUCAACCCCAGCAGGCUCGGGUAUGAGUCGGGCGUGGUGCUGUGGUGGAACCAGUACUCGUUUGCGUCCCUCGGUGUCGGCAUGGUAGACAUGUCGGAAGGAGGUGAAGCGGUACGGACCAUCGUCGCGCGUCAGCCAACAGGGAAGAACGGCGAGCUGAAGGUUUCAUAUACGUUGCUUGACCACGUAGUGGAGCUCGGCCCCCACGAUGACACCGUGCAGUUGACCAUCGAGACGACGCCCACUCACUAUAAGCUGACCUUGUCGGCGCGCGAGGUUAGCGAGAGCGUGUCCUUCGCGGCCGAGGUGCUCACUAUCAACCCUCCCGUCGGUGGUGCUUUUACCGGCACCAUGUUUGGGAUCUACGCUUGUGGGAAGAGCGAACCCGUUCUGGACCCGUCAGACUUCAGCGAAAUCGCCAUUGUCGAGAGGUCCUCGUGA